CCAAUUAUUCACUUUCCUUUUUUCCCAUUUCCGCCAAACACAACUUGCUUAACUCUUAACCGUACUCAUUAAUGUUCCCACUUCUAUUAAUCUCUCCUUAAUCAUUCAUCCAUCUCUUCAGUGAAAGGAAUAUACAACAAUUUCCACUGAUUCACACCUCCUCGAAUCCCCUAUAUAAAGCAUAAACAUUUCCAACUUUGGUCAUAAUCUUCAAUAGAGAGAUUUAACCAUGGGGAAUACCGUAGGAGGAGGAAAGAAGGCGAAGGUGAUGAAAGUUGAUGGAGAAACCUUCAAGUUGAAGACUCCAAUUCAAGUUUCUGACGUCGUUAAAGACUACCCGGGUCACGUUUUGUUAGAUUCAGAAACUGUUAAGGUCUAUGGCGUUCGGGCGAAGCCAUUGGAGCCUCAACAGAUUUUGCAGGCCAAGAAGGUUUAUUUCUUGGUGGAGCUUCCUAAGUUUAUGCCUGAGGAAAGAAAUAAAGUGCCCACCAGAAGGGUUCAGUCGGGUAUUCACAUGAGCGCCAAGGACCGGCUAGAGUUGCUGAUGCUAUCGAGGAGGGCUGUUUCUGAUCUUUCCAGCGUUAAACCGUCGACAAGCGGUGGGUCCGAUGGGACAGCGGCGGAAGUUAAUGAUGGCCGGAUGAGGGUGAAAAUGAGGCUGCCUAAAUCUCAAGUGGUGAAACUGAUGGAUGAGAGUAAGGAUGAUGCAGAGGCGGCUGAGAAACUUGUCGAUCUUUAUGUUGGAAAAGCCGGUGGCGCGCCGCCACCCGCAGCGGAGUGGAAACCAAGACUUGGCAGCGUUAGGGAGAAUCAUCAGGCACGUGAGAAACACGUAAGUUUUUUUCCCACAGAAGAAAGUCAUCUGGAUAGUUAUCCUUGGACUUAAUCUGGCAUCAAGAGCAACAAGCAGAUUCAUGUUUCAGGGUCCUCCAUGUAAAUUUGUUCUAGAUAUCAUUUUUAGUUUAUUUGGGUAUUAGCUCUUGGGGAAUUAUUAAGUGUUAAAACACGUCAAAUUUUGUCACAAUCGCGUGUAUCACUGCA